AUGGAAGGAUAUUUGAAAAAAUGGACUAACCUUUUUUCAAGAUGGCAAGAUCGUUAUUUCAUUCUGAAUGAAGAAGUUCUUGUUUAUUGCGAUUCUCAAGGAGGCUAGAUUAAAGGAUAGGUGCAUUUAAAAGUGGCGGCUUUGAUUUUAGUGCCUGAAGACCCUUUAAGAAUAAUUAUUAAUACUGGAACGACAGAAAUUCAUUUGAGAGCAAGCAAUAUAAAUGAGAAGAUCGAUUGGAUUAAUGCAUUGAAAUAGGCAUAGGACAAAUGUUUGAGUCGUUAAAAUGAAAUAAAGUUUGAAUAAAAGAUACAAGAAUUGCUUACUGAUGUUUGGUAAACUGGAGCUAUAUUUGAUGAAACUUUGAGUAUGUUGAUUCCUAAAUUGGAAAAGAACUCGCAAAUUAAAGAAAUGGCUGACAGAUUAGAAAGCAUAGGGAAAAAUCUAAAAACGAAAAUCACCUUAUGUGCUCAAAUUGUUGAAGAGGAAAAACAAAAGCUAUCAAAUAUAGAUAAUGGAACUGUGUAUGAGAGUUUUAUUCAUCAAAAUUCAGCAUAAUCAGUAUUACGAGAGGAGUCAUUGAAUCACUAGCAUCAUUAAUCACACGGUCAAUAAUAAUUAAUGAGUGUAUCUGAAAUUGGUUAGCAAAUAAGAGAGCAUUAGCCUAUAAAAUAUAAUAAUCUCAUCAAUAAUCCUGCGUUUCAGAAGAGUAAAUUUACAAAUCAGUCUAAAAGAGAUAGAUUACCUUAUCGAAAGGACCCUAAUGAAAAGAUAAAUGUUUGGUUAUUGUGUAAGGAAUUGAUUGGAAAGGAUUUAGGAAGAUUUUCAGUGCCAAUUAUUUUGAAUGAGCCAUUGUCGAUGUUAUAAAGAUUAGCAGAAUAAAUGGAAUACUCUGAAUCGUUGGAAGAGGCUGAUAAGAUUCAAGGAGAUAGUGCAUUAAGAAUGUGUUAUAUUAUGGGUUUUGGUGUCUCACCCUAUUCAGCAAAUAUAGGAAGAACAAAGAAACCUUUCAAUCCUAUUCUAGGAGAAACCUAUGAAAUUUAGACUCAGAAUUGUAGGUUUAUUAGUGAAUAGGUUUCGCAUCAUCCUCCUAUAUCUGCAGGGUAUGCAGAAUCCAAAGCUUUUUAGUUUUGGGCGCACACAGAUGUCCAAACAAAAUUUAAUGGCUUAUGUUUCUAAGUGAAUCCUGUUGGAUUAUUUAACGUCAUUUUGAAAUCAUCAAAUGAUCAUUAUUAAUUUAAUAGGUGCACAACAAAGGUUCAGAACAUUUUAUGGGGGUAAUAAUAUUUGGAUCAUAUGGGACAAAUGAAAUUUGUAAAUCUGACGACUGGUGAUAAUGGAGUGUUGGAGUUAAUUGAAAAAUCAGGAAAAUCAGAGUCUGAGAUGAGAGGGUAUGUAAAAGAUAAAAAUGGAAAUGAGAAAUAUAAGUUAAAAGGUUUUUGGAAUGAUCGUCUUAUAGCUUAUGAUUCUUAAAGAGAGAUCAUAGUGUGGAAGAGACAUCAAUUACCUUAGGAUUCAGAUUGGUAUUAUAAUUUUACUGAAUUCGCCAUGUAACUUAAUCAUUUGACAAUUGAUAUGAUAAAAGAUUUGCCAUGUACUGAUUGCAGAUUGAGACCAGAUUAAUUAGCAUUUGAAAAUGGAUGGGUUGAUUUGGCUUCAAGUGAGAAGCACAGGUUAGAGGAGAAGUAAAGAGCGCGUAGAAAGGCUAUGGCAGCAGCUAAUUAAGUGCAUGUUCCUAUGUUCUUUGAAGAAAUGAUAGAUCCUAAGACAAAUUUGAAGUGGUAUAAAUAUAAAGGGAAUUACUUUUAAUAAUAGUGGAAAUAGGUGGGAUCAGAAUUGCUGGAUUUGUUUUGA